CAAGGAAACUACUCAUUUACUCAAGUCUCAUACCUUACCUUGCCAACUCAUCUUAAAGUCUACUCAAUCCUUCUUCUCCAUCCUCUAUAUAACUCGUACAGAGGAAGAGCUGUUCUGAAACAAGUUAGCCCUUCUAUAGUUGUAUGAUUCUAUAUACCCCUACUCCCAAGUCCGACCCAAACAGAGAUACAUAUAGACAACACAAAUUGAUGCCAUCUUCACAAGGCACCACACCAAAGAGAACACCCUCGAAUCCAUGCCCACCCAUGGAAACUCAUGGGGUCAUGUCUCUGCUCCGACAGAUGUCCAGCGACAAGCGAUCAAAGUCGCUCUUUGGCAUGUUCAAGCUCUUCCCUCAACUGAGCUCUGGAUGCAAAAUGGCGACACUACUGGGUCGACCCCGGAAGGCUCUACUCACUAACAAGGCCACAAUCGGGACUCUCUUCGGGUAUCGUAAAGGGAGACUGAGCUUGGCUAUACAGGAGGACCCCAGGUGUGUGCCCAUGUUUGUGAUAGAACUACCCAUCCUCACGAGUGCAUUCCACAAGGAGAUGGCCACGGGCUUAGUGAGGAUCGCCCUGGAGAGCGAGACAAAGACUUCCAAGAAGAAACUAUUGGAGGAGUUUGUGUGGGCGGUGUACUGUAAUGGCCGGAAAACGGGAUACUCCAUUAGGAGGAAGGUGAGAUCAGAGGAUGAGCUCCAUGUGAUGCAACACUUGCGAGGAGUCUCCAUGGGAGCUGGGGUUCUUCCUUGCCCAUCUGAGAAAGAAUCCGCCGAUGGGGAGUUGACAUAUAUGAGGGCUCGCUUCGAGAGGGUGGUCGGGUCCAAAGACUCUGAAGCUUUGUACAUGAUAAACCCCGGUGGUUGUACAGACGGCCCAGAAUUAAGCAUCUUCUUUGUAAGAGUUCAGUGAAUUGAAAUUCAUGUUCAUUAUGUUGUAUGUACAUUGUUUGCAAAGCUUCAAGGCUACUCGAUCCCCAUAAACCAUAACUCUCUCUCUCUCUCUCUCUCUCUCUCUCUCUCUCUCUCUUUUCAAGCUUUUGUUUUCUUGUUCGAUCGAUUUCGUCAGUAUCUGUGAUGACAACAACUUAAAAAGCUUCAAUUCAAAACUUCAUUUCCCA